CGAGCUCAGAUCCCUUCACAAGAAACUCCUCUCCUCCUCUGACGUUUCUGCACACUCUCAAUCAAAGCUCCUCUCUUUUUCUCUUUUCCUUCCGCAAAACUGUUACCAAAUCUCUCCCAAAACUUUUAAAUUUUUUUGGUCGGAGAUCGAAAAGAAAAUCGAGGAGACAUGGCUGCACCUGCCAGGAUCGUGUUCGGUCUAUUGACAUUUGUCACUGUCGGAAUGAUCAUAGGUGCCUUGUUACAACUGGCCUUUAUUAAUAGAUUGGAAGAUUCGUACGGAACUGGAUUCCCAUCCAUAAGGGGGCUUCGAGGACAGAAGGCCCGUUAUCUUCGAGAUGUUUCUCGGUGGGCAAAUGACAAAGAUGCAGAACUGUUACGUCUUGGCUAUGUCAAGCCUGAAGUAGUUAGUUGGUCCCCUCGAAUUAUUGUGCUUCAUAACUUCCUAAGCUCAGAGGAAUGUGAAUACUUAAAAGCAAUUGCCCGGCCUCGCCUUCAAGUUUCCACUGUUGUUGAUAUUAAAACCGGAAAGGGAGUUAAAAGUGAUGUGAGGACAAGCUCUGGAAUGUUUCUAAACCACGUAGAAAGAAGUUAUCCAGUCAUACAGGCAAUUGAAAAGAGAAUUGCAGUCUUCUCUCAAGUACCAGCGGAGAAUGGAGAGCUCAUUCAAGUCCUACGAUACGAGCCGAAUCAGUUUUACAGACCGCAUCACGAUUACUUUGGUGACACUUUCAAUUUGAAGCGUGGUGGUCAGCGCGUAGCAACAAUGCUAAUGUAUUUAACAGAUGAUGUCGAAGGAGGAGAAACUUAUUUCCCUUUGGCUGGUGACGGUGAAUGCACUUGUGGUGGAAAAAUCAUGAAAGGCAUCUCUGUGAAACCCACCAAAGGAGACGCAGUUCUCUUCUGGAGCAUGGGACUUGAUGGGCAGUCAGAUCCCAACAGCAUACAUGGGGGAUGUGAAGUCCUCUCAGGAGAGAAAUGGUCAGCUACUAAAUGGAUGAGACAAAAAGCUACUUCUUGAAGGACUUUACUAAUAAACCCAAAAGAACCACAGGGACUUAUAUUGAAAAAUGCCUAGAACCUCAGAGUUUUGAUAUAUUCUCUUUUUCACCCUUGAAUUUUAAAAGCCAUCAUUUACAUAUAAAAAUUGAUUUUUUGUGGUG